AUGUGGCAAUAUAUCAGCGGUGGGUCCGGAACCACCAUCAAGCCUCCGGUGACGUCGAAGUACGACGAGCAGGUCCCACCGCCACCGGCUGGAGGACCAUUUGCUCCACCACCGAACUACGACAACACGGAUUACUCCGGAUAUACCCUAUCCGAUACAUACGGUGACUCCGGAUCUACGGGCCAGGGAUUCUUGGACAGAAUCACCUCAAACCCACGAGCACGAAACUGUCUCGCGAGCGUUAAAAUGGGUUUUAAAAUGGGGGGAGCAGUAGGCGGCAUCUUCGGCGGUAUCACCGGUUUAUACACGGGACUGAGGCACCGUAACCUCAUGAUCUUACCGGUGUCUAUGAUUGGAGGAGCUGUGAGCUUCGGCUUCUUUUUAGGUGCGUACAAGCUGUUGUCGUAUCAUGACAUGCAGGAUGUGGAAUGA